AUGGAUUCUGUUCAGUCAACACAUCCUGAGGAGAAGAGGCCUGUCAGCUCUAAGUUUGUGGAGCUCCAUGUGCUCUUUGUUCCUAUUGACCAGUGGAACGUGAAGCUCAAUAAAGUUCCCGCAGAAGCUAUCCACACUUUUGCAUCAGGCGGCUUCAUCAGAGUUUAUCCAGAUUUGACAUUGCAAUCUUUAAGGAGUAAGCUGGACGCCCUUCUGGGGGGGUCGUCUGGCUGCAUGGACAAGUUCUUCUUUCUCAAAUGCCUGGGUCACAGUUUAGCAUUGGUCAAAACCAAGCAAGAACUGGAAGUCAAAGUGAAAACAUUUGCCCCUCCAUACGCCCCACAGCCAGAGCUUUACUUGUUGCACCUGGUUGAGAGUGACAGUGGGGUCCGUCCAGAGUCCCUCACCCCAGACAGCAGCUGCUCCUCAGGAAAACACUCCUGCUUUCCCUUCAAGACCAGCCCUCAACCAACAGGGCCCAAACUGCAGCUCAAACUCCCCCACAUCCACAGCUCUCACCAGGGCCCCCCUGUGGCUUCUCUGGAGAAACACCACCAGAGGGAAGAGCGAGGCCACAGCUUAUCUGAGGCCGAGCCCCCAGGGGAAAGCUUCGGCAAAAUGAAGUGGGUCAAGACUCAAAAGCAGUGUUCGGCCGCUGUUAACAAUGUUUUGCAGGACUCUGAGGCAGAUUCUCCCCCAUCACUGCUGUCACCAAAAGGGAAAAUAUGCAAAAAGACAAAACCUGGUAACAUCAGAGGUUGUGUGGAUUCAGGCAUGGCCGAAUCCUCAGAGGACAGACACUCAGACCUCUCCAAAGACUGGGCAAAUAAACAGGAAAUGAUGGACAAAAUCAAAAUGGUGCGAGAAGAGAGAAAGCAACUUGAAUGGAUGAGACAAGAGCUGCUCAGGAAAGGGAAAGAUUUGUUGGAGCAAAACAGACACCGGAGGAAUCAAGCAAGAGAUAGUUGGAAAAAGAAAUAUUUCGAAACCAAAAAAUCAACUGCGCCACUGGAAGAAAGCUUGAAAAAUGUGCAACAAGACUUUGAAAGAUUUUACAGUAAACUUCUACAUCAGCUCCAGGCCAGGGAGAACAGGGGCCACCCCAAAAGACAGGGCAGAGCCUCCGUCAAGAAUGAACUGAUAAUACAAAUAAUGACCAAAAGUUACGAGAUUGAAAACCUAAAAAGGAAAAUUGAAGAUGCCAAAAUGAAGCUUCUGACUGAAAUUAAGCUGAGGACACAAGCUGCCACAGAAGUGAGAUCGUUGAAAGCAGAACUGGCCCAAAAGAAGAGUCAGUCGUCUUCUCCUCGAACUCUGACCAGCUCUGUAUUCAGAAAUAACCCACGGAACAUGCAGUUUAUUCAUUCAACUACAGAUUAG